CUCUCUCUAUACACACAUUCUCAUAUCCCCCUCAAUUCCUAUCUAUCUAUCUCUAUUCUUCACAUACACAACAAAAUCAAGAUUAAAAAAAUAAAAGGAAAACAAUGGAUCUCAAAAACGUCGUCGUUUUAGCAUUCAUCUGCACAAUCUUCGCCGCCGUGGGAGGCCAAUCUCCAUCCGCCUCACCCACCGUUUCACCCACUGUUGCACCACUACCCAAAGCUCCGGCCAAGGCUCCAACGGUGGCACCGGUGACUGCACCUCCGACGCCUGCAAUGGCACCACCACCAGCUGUUACACCGGUGAGCUCACCUCCUGCCGUGACCCCCGUGAGCUCUCCUCCCACCAUUGAAUCUCCUCCAGUCCCUGAACCAGUUCCGUCACCGGAGAUUGCUCCUGAAGCUUCCGCUCCGGCCCCCAGCAAGAAGGACAAUGCACCGUCACCAGCGCCUGGACCGGCUUCCGAUGCUCUUGCCCCUGGUCCCGGUCCAAGUACUUCAUCUGAUGUUGCCGAUGAGAGUGGAGCAGAAAGGGUAAAGUUUGUGAUGGGAAGUUUGGUGGUGGCAUUCGCUGCUUUCAGCUGUCUCUAGAUUUCUAAUUUUUACUUUUAAAUUCCACAAUUUAUUUAUUUUUUAUUUAUAUAUGAGCUGUAUUUGUUAUUCCUAAUCCUAUCGAUCAUUAUAUUAUUCUGCCUGUAAAACCUCGUUUACAUAUAUAUAAUUUUCCCCCACUUAUUCAAA